GAUAAACGACAUAAAGAGAUUUAUUAUAUGAGAGGAUCUUUGCUGUAUAUUGACAGUGUAUUGAACAACAAUCCUCCUUCUUCCUCCUCCUCCGUGAGCCGCGCCUCCGCAGCCACAGCUGAUGAUGGUCAAGCUUUUAGCUGCCAACGCUACGGAACUUAGCACGCAGCUAGCCGCCGUGUAGCGUCGUUAAAUGUGUACGAGGUGUUAGCCGACCCUGUCACAUGAGUGCGCCGCUUUUAUAGCUCACAGGAGCUUGUCUUACGAGGACACAGGCGGGUCGUGUUAAUGUGCCUCCGCGGUUCACCGGCGUUUUGAGCACCACGCGUAGUUCGUCGCCGCUCGCGUCGGCUAACUUAUGUAGUCUGACAGUCCAGCUAACCGGGCUAACAGCUAGCUGCUUAGCUCCCCCAGCACAGCGCGGCUAGCUGCCCGAGUCUGUGGAAACUACUUCGGUCUGCGUUUGAACGCUGCUGGUUUUUCCCAAGUGAGAGCACAUAUGCCAGACCUGGAUGAGAACUGGACCUGAACCCCCCAGGCUGUCUAUGAUGUUUGCAGCUUUUCUCCUUGCAGCACCUGACCGCUCCUGGUCCAUUUAACCAGUCAUAUAUUACGACCUCCAAACCAGUCCUACAUCUCUGCUUGGCAACAGUAUGAUCGUUUACGUUGAUCCCACCCAGCCCACUGGGAUUAGAAUCCCCCGAAACCACGCUCUCCAAAUGAUAUGAUAGUAGCCGCCUGGAUCACUUUCUGUGCCUGCAGGAGCCUUGCACGGGUUCUGCUCUUCCUUUCCUCCUCAAACUCCCUUCCUCCAUUCUGGGAGACCUUUGCCAGUGUGGUCUCAGGCACUGGAACCAUGGGUAACAGCUGUGUGUGCCGGGAGGAUAGUGACUUGGAGGACCACCAACAUGGGUCAACAAGGGCGACCCGGGGACAAGCUAGGCGGGUGGAUCACAGUACGGGCAUAGGUGUCGAUGCUGGAGAGGCCAGGAGCAGUCGACCAAGGGAUCCAGUCAGGCCGCCACGGCGAGGGCGAGGACCCCACGAGCCAAGACGGAAGAAGCAGAAUGUGGACGGCCUGGUGCUGGACACGUUGGCUGUCAUCAGGACACUUGUAGACAAUGACCAAGAGCCCCCUUACUCCAUGAUCACUUUGCACGAGAUGGCAGAGACGGAUGAUGGUUGGCUGGAGGUUGUCCAGUCUCUGAUUCGAGUGAUCCCAUUGGACGAUCCGCUUGGCCCUGCAGUGAUCACCCUUCUACUGGACGAGUGCCCUCUACCCACCAAGGAUGCUCUCCAGAAACUCUCUGACAUGUUGAGUCUGAGUUCGGCCGUAGCACGACAGGACGCUCUAAACCCUGCUAAACACAGAAACACCACAGCAGUACUGGGAUGCCUGGCAGAGAAACUGGCUGGUCCGGCCAGCAUUGGAUUGUUGAGCCCUGGAACUCUUGAGUACCUUCUAGAGAGUCUGAGCUCUGAGGCCCACCCCACCGUCAUGCUGUUUGCUCUCAUCGCUUUGGAGAAGUUCUCCCAGACCAGUGAGAACAAACUGACGGUAUCUGAGUCGUGCAUCAGCACUCGACUCGCUGUCCUUGAGUCGUGGGCAGAACAGCCUGACUACCUGAAAAGGCAGGUCGGAUUCUGCUCACAGUGGAGCCUCGACAACCUGUUCCUAAAGGAAGGUCGUCAGUUCACAUACGAGAAGGUCAACCUCACCAAUAUCAACGCCAUGCUCAACAGCAACGAUGUCAGCGAGUACCUCAAGAUCUCCCCCACAGGAUUAGAGGCACGAUGUGACGCCUCCUCCUUCGAGAGCGUGCGUUGUACAUUCUGCGUGGAUUCAGGGGUUUGGUACUACGAGGUGACGGUCAUCACGUCAGGAGUGAUGCAGAUCGGAUGGGCCACCAAGGACAGCAAGUUCCUCAACCAUGAGGGUUACGGGAUAGGAGACGAUGAAUACUCGUGUGCGUAUGAUGGCUGCAGGCAGCUCAUCUGGUACAACGCUCGCAGUAAACCUCACUCUCACCCCUGCUGGAAGGAGGGAGAUGCCAUCGGGUUCUUGUUGGACCUCAGCAAGAAGCAGAUGAUCUUCUAUCUGAACGGACAUCAGCUACCGCCAGAGAAACAGGUCUUCUCCUCUGCCACGUCCGGUUUCUUUGCGGCAGCCAGCUUUAUGUCAUACCAACAGUGCGAGUUUAAUUUUGGGGCCAAGCCUUUCCGUCACCCACCUUCUGUGAAAUUUAGCACCUUCAACGACUUCGCUUCACUGCUGCCCAGUGAAAAGAUCAUCCUACCCAGACACCGGCGUCUGGCUUUACUAAAGCAGGUUAGCAUCCGAGACAACUGCUGCACGCUAUGUUGCGACGUCAUGGCUGACACAGAGCUGCGGCCCUGCGGACACGGUGGUAUGUGUAUGGAGUGUGCCUUACAGUUAGAGACGUGCCCCCUGUGCCGCCAGGACAUCCAGACCCGAGUCAGACUCAUUGCACAUGUCUCCUGACACACUUCCUCAUGCAAUCAGGAGAGACACACAAGCCCGACAUCCUCACCAUCCUCCUCCUCCUACUCCUUUAAUCCCCUCUCACCCUACAGGGCUGUGAGGAUGAUGCCACAAUGUUGUGAUGAUACCAGAACAGUGACUUCUGGUAAGAGGAGGCGUCGAUGGAGAGGCGAAGAGAAGAAAGGCAGGAGAUGAGAGGAGGGGAAUUUAAAUCACCGCUGGAUCCGCGGGAUCUUUCCCUCAUUUACCUACAUUUCCUCUUUUAUAUCCGUCUGACAGCUCGUUGCAGAAGCUGGGCCAAGAAUCGUCAACUUUCUACCAACAGUGUGUUUUUCAGACAAAAACAAGCAGAAGUGAGGGGCAGAAACAUUUAAACCAGAUUACGGACAGAACCCACCUCAUCUGCAAGCAACCUGCGUAGAGUCAGCAGACAUCCUUUCUAUGAUAUGAGGAUCCCACUGCGCUUUCUAUCCAGAGGCUACCACUAUUUAAUCCCAUCACCUGUCAUGCACAUGUCUGCAGAUCUGAAAGGGCUGGGUAGAAGAAAAGAUCACAGCCUGUAGUACAGUGUUAAACACAAGGUACAGAUAAAUUUGAGAUGUUCUCACUUUCACUUUUUUGCGAAUCAUGGUGUUCUCGAGGUAGCAUUUUCAUUUUAUUUUUCCCAAGGUUGAACCAGCAUCUAUCCUUUGGUCAGCUUGGUGUCAGAAAUCUUAAAAGUUGCUGAAUUACUCUUGGAGGUUAGCUUUCUGUUUCGGUUUACAAAAAAACAAAUUAAAGUUCAAAUCAAAUCAGUCGUCAGAUGACAGAACAAAAACAACAAAUUACUUGAAUCUGUAUUAAUUGAUUUUUCAGCACAGCUGACCCUGCUGCUUUUUGUGCUUUGUCUUUUUGCUCAGAUGUUGAUAUUUCCUGAGUCCCUGCCAUGUAUGUACAACAAAUAAAUACACAGGGAUUUAAAAUUACAGAAAGUUAAUCUGUAAAUCAAAUCACAUUUUUGUUUUCUCUAAUUCUAAGUGCAUACUGUAUGUUUGAAGAGCCAGUGUAGGGGUUUUAUACAGUUACAUUUGUACCGCCACAUUCUGAAAAUAUCUGGGAUUGCUUGAUUGAUGCUAACCAUUUGUUUGGCAACAACUUGUAAUGCAACUCCACCGUGAGUCAGCCUCAUUUGUGGGCUCAGCAUAAGUAAAUAUGUCUUAAUUUUUUUUUUUUUUUUUGUGAUGACAAACACGUGCGUCUGUAUCAAGACGACUAUUUUUCAAUCCACAAGAUGUGAUUUAAUUUUGUAUCAUAAGUGAUGGCGAACACCGAUGUAGAAACUUGGUCGAGAGGUACAAGAAGUUUUUGUUGAUUGACAGUGUUGUAUUAGCCAAUCAGUAAAUUGUUUAAAACAAAUGUGAAAUGUUUAAGUGAAUCGUUUUUUCCUCUCAGUUUACUAAAUAUCCCAGGGUCAUUUUAAAAAUGUUAUCGUUUCGGGUCGGUGAAAUAAUUACCCACAGCAGAGUGACAUGGAGUUUGAGCUUUAGUACAGAAACAACUGUAUAUUUGUUACACUUGCUACAAAUCACAGCACUCUUAGUAGGAUUUCUUACAUCCAGAUCGAUCUUGCCAAACCACAUUUGUCAAAUUGGAAGUGUACCUUCCAGGUCACUGACUGUUCAGACUGAAUAAAAUGUGGUAUUCCUCUUCGUGCUUUAUAUAACGGCACUCUCUGCUCUCAUUUUGCCAUCUUCCUCUGUCUUUAUAAAGAACCACGUGUUUCCUGUCUUUCUGUUUAUCCUUUACUUGAAGCAUCUCUGGGUUGACUGAAUGACAUUUGUAUUUUGCAAACAGGUGACGAAAUGAAUAUGAGAGAUUGUGAUUUAAUUCUAUUUGUACAAAUUUAAAAAAAAAAAGAAUCUGACCUUUCAAAUUAUGACACUUAAUAAUUUAGAAUUUAUAUUGGUCAAAUUGUUUAUGAAAGAGUUUCCACUCCGCCAAAUUGCAUGAGCAGGAUCUGUAAAAAAUCAUUCAGACUAUAACUGGAAUGAUUUCUAAAAGAGAAACAUGCAUCUCUCGGUAUGACUAAAGACUGGUCUGGUCACUGUUUGCUAUCUUGUACUCCCUGAUGCACCUUAUACAUGCAGGUUUAUAUGGUCGUCUCUACAGUUGGAGAUGAAGUUCAGGAUUGUAAAGAAUAAGUUGUGAGUUGUAUUUAAAACAUCUGUAAAGGAAUUUUGCCCCAGAGUUCCCAAAGAUGUGAUUGAUUGAAGAAUUAUUGUUUCCUGGAUUGUGAUAUUUGUAAUAAAUGUAUGUACAAGUGA